AUGCUCAAGGGGACAACGAAAAUCGAGAAAUUUGGGAAUCAAAAAGCAUGGAGGCCAUUAUCCGCUAAAGACUUCGAUUCGCUGAUGCGUCCUUGCUUCUUCAUCACUGCUAUACUCGGAUACUUCCCUUACAAGAGAACCCCUUAUACAUACGUAUUUUCGAGAAUCCGUUUCGCUUUUAACACGCUCUUGAUGAUCAUUUAUGUAUUUCUGUUGCUUGUCGUGAUCUACGAGAUCAAUUUUCUGGACGCCGUAACCUACAGUGUACCCGAAACAAUUCACGAGAACUUGUACAUAUUCCUGGAAGGAAUUGUUAUCCUGGUGAUGUACGCUUUAACCGGUUCACGGUUAUCCGUACUUCAGAACAUAUCGCAGAUAUCCUCGAUGUUGCCUGCAAAGGAAUUCGAUAGUUUAGCAAAAGUAAUUCACACGAAGGAUAUCGUUUAUUUCCUAAUUCUUCUGUCUCAUUUACCGAAUUGUUUGAAGCACAACAUUUUCCUGACUGUGAAGAAUUUCACCAAUCUGUACAUAACCGCGGUCAACUUUGUGAUCGACAUGUUUUACUUCAACUGCGUGUACAUCUUGAGUGUUUGCUUUAAAAAAUUGGACCAGGGAAUCUGGGAAUUGAAGAGGGUUCAAUUCGACGAUGGUCUCGUUCCACGAACGUUUAUCAUCCUUGACCAGAACAAUGUCAUGCUGCUGCUGAAAAUGAAGGAUUUAGAGGAGAAGCACAUGCAGAUCAGCGACGCGGUUCAAUCGGUGAACAAUACCUUCAUGAUACGUAUCAUAAUUUUGUCUCUCAUGACGUUCAUCGAGAUGUCUUUCAAUAUAUACUUCAAGAUAAUUCAUUCCUAUGACAUUGUCCUUACCAACAACAAGUUCUGGUAUUCACAAGAUCUUGGGCCAGCGUCUCUUUCUUUCUUUAAGUUUUCGCUGAUAAUCUGGGCAUGUGAGAAGGCGGUGAAUCAAGCGAACAAAAUUAAGAUGACGCUUUACGAAGUUUUCAGUGACACGACCGACCCUAUGAUAAAACACGAGGUACAGCUUUUCUCUCUGCAAAUACUGCAAAGGAACAACAUAUUCACUACGAAAGCAUUCGACAUGAACUCCUCGUUCCUGAUGAAGAUCAUCGGAGGUAUCUUGAUGUACAUCGUGAUCCUGAUUCAAUUUCUGUACACCUACGCUUCGUGCAAAUCUUAA